UUGUGCGCGUCCCCGAGCGGAGCGGCAGUUCUAAUAAUAAGAGAAGCGGAGGUAAGCCGCGCGUUAGCUGGUCCAGGUGUGAGAAAAGCGCGGCGCACAAUGAAACGUCACUCUCGCGUCCAUUGAAGGAGCCUCCGCGAUCCAUGUGCACCACCCCUGAACUACGCCGCCUAGCUGAAUGGAUCCGCUCGGGCCCCCUUUUCUAUUUUACCGUCGGGCACAAGCGCGAGGGAUGCAACCCGGGCUUUCUCGUUCCACCGUUUUCAGCGUCACGUAUAUUUCACCCUACAAUCAGCCGCCGCGGACAAAUACCCUUAUUUGUACACAUCCUGUGCAUUGUGACGUAGCGCGCAGCACCCGACUUCCGGCGCGGGUGAGUACGCAGUACAGUUCGCUCCUCCGCUUCCUCUUUCUCUAACUCUGUAUUCUUUUAUUUUUUUUUCUCCGAUUGCGAGGAUGAGUGGAACAGUUCAUGUAUGUACCUGCCGAGUGAAGAAAAGGUGAAGUACGCGCCGCAACGAAUUUUCAAGGAUCCACGCUGGAGAUCUUCUCCACCCUCCUUCUUAUAUUACUUCUCAGAGGAUCCCGGAUGCCGGAUAGGCGGAACGCCUAAUUACGCCUAAAUCUCGUGACCAUAAUGCAUCUUUUGGUUCUUUCAACAAACUGGCCUACAUGAAAUGUAGGCCGAAUAAUUCGGUCAGGACUGAAACCUCGGGGCAGGCCAUAUGCUGAAAGACGACGUAUAAUUACGAGGGAUGCUCUUCACGGUAACUCAGCAAGGGUGGGGACCCACGAAAACCCGGUGAGAGAGCACAGUGGGGGACGCGCGGUUAUAUAAGGAGGUACCCGGUCUCUGAAGGACCGCAGUCGCACCGAAAUUUCGCUCGUGGAAUCCACGCCCGUGGCUUUCGUGUCCUGCCGGCACGAUCUGUGAUCGAUUAGACCGCGAGAUACCUUGGAGUUUUAAUCGGAAGAAAAUAAUAAUAGUAAUUUCGUGGUGGAAAAAAGUGUGGAAUAAGGUUCUAUGUUAUCGAAGAUGGGGAGGAUGAAGAUCGCAUGGCUUCCGGCGCUGAUAUUCUGCGCGACCUUGGCCUCGGUGGCCGCCGGCCUGGAUCUUGGACCGAUCAUCAAGACCGCGCAAUGCUGUUCGACAUGCCUGCGACGUUACACGAUCAACGGCACUUACAUGGAGCGUAAUGGCAGUCUAAAUUAUAACAGCUACAUGUGCUGGGUAAGCUGUGACCACCUCAGUGUUUGGAACAAAGAAGACCGAGCACCUUACUGUAACAUUUUCCAAAAUUGUGAAGGUUGCAAAACCGCUUGUACGUUUUAUAAAUUACGAGAAGAAGAGGAAUACGAAACGACCAAAUUACCAGCUCCUGAAGAAAACAAGACUAUCCACAUAAACGACUAUGACAUUGCCGUGUUGAUGCAAAAGAAUUGGAAAGGGAUAUGGGAAGUAAAAAGUUAUCGCUUCAGUAAGCAACAGCUUACAAUAAAACCGGGCGACUGGAUCAUCGUCGUUACGGACGAUGGCGUCGUGAAACACUACAGCUGGGAAAAGUGGAGGCCUAAACUGCAAGUUCUCAAAGCCGGUGGUCCUCUCUAUCAAGCCUAUAUCACAUGGCAGGAUUGGCGAACUCAGUUAAAGAAUCAGCGCGAAAGGAUUAUCUCAAAUGGCUUUAAGGGUAUUUUUCAAGAUCAGUACCAGUCUAAGAAGGAGACAACCAUUUAUGAAUACCAGCGUGAACCGUCCUUUGUCAUUACUUGGCAGCAAGAGACGGGAGAUGGUAUUAUGGGCAACCAGGUAACAGAUAGCGAAUCGGCACAGAUUUCCUUGUCAUGUGGUAAAUAUUUGGUCAGAGUAGCCACCGACAACGGUCCUGGUAGCUACCCAAUCGUCAUUGACACCUGCAAGAUCCCUGAAAUAUCUAUUUGGGAUCUAAAAGAGUACAUCAACGGUCCACAAAUUAUGAUUUUGAUCUAUCUAAUAAUACUCUCAGCGAUAGGAUUUUCCUGUGUUAUUCUGUGUUUAUUUCAAAAGUAUCGAACGAAGAAUGAAAAAGAGAGCUGCAUGGAGGAGGGACGCUUGACGAAGGAGGAGAAGAAGCUGAUAAAAGAGAAAAACUUAAUGCAAAAGAAACUGAUAAAUCAGGGUGUGCUGAGAUUGUGGCCCAACUACAAUCAGUCCACACUCGAUCUACUGUGGGUCAAGCGAGCGGACAUGAACGUUAAUGCAAGCACGCAAAACACAAGUGCAAGUGUGAUUCAGAACAUCUAGGCGUUCCUUUAGAACAUUUGAUGAAACUUUUUCCUCUUCUCGCUUCACUUUGCGAGUACAACUCAGGGACUUUACUUGCUCACGUGAAAGAGCACGGUUUUCCACUUUUAAUAGCGUGCAGAAUGAAUUAGAUAUCUCACGCUUUUUCGUCACUAACAAUAAGACAAACGAAUAUACAAUCUCGACUUUUCCGACGCGCACUAACCAUAUUGUUAUUAGGAGUAUAAAUAAGUUUCCGCCGUUUCACAAAAAAUGGCGCCACUAGUAUGUUAUAGUUGAAAUUGUCUGUUGUAAAACGUUAUAUCGUAAGGUU